GGCGCGCUGGGGGCAACAGUAGGAGUCUGCUCGCGAACGGGGAGGCAUCCAGGCUUAGAGCCUAUAGAAGGGAUAUGGGGACAGAACAUACAGCUGGUGAAGAAAGCUUGGUAGUAGUGGUUGAGCCAGUAAGAGGCACGAAGCAUACCAUACAUGACACGGAGAUGGGAGAUGGGAGAUGGAAGUGGCACAUUGGGAGGAGUCAGCGGCUGCACGCGUGAUCACUCUGUGUGUGUUAAGCCGAUGCAUUUUCCCUGCCUCCGAAGCCAGAGCAAAGCCGCAAAAAGCCAAAAAUCGCCAAAGCACACAGACGCGUAAGGUGUGCGAUGAAGCAAACCUUGCUGCGACAGAGUUUUGCGGCACAGCCAACCAGAACGUCGCCAGUGGAUUGGGUAGAAGAAGGCAGCAUCAUGAUCCAGCAAGCGUCGUCUUGGAUUCUGCCGCGUGCUCCUACGAUGCUUUCGCCUCCCGUUCCGAUGAGAGAGACCUUGGUGAUGGGAUGGGAUUAAGGCGGCGGUCAUGGCUCAUGGCACUGGAACACACUACGCUAGAAUGGCCGCUGGGAUUGCUGGCGUACGUAGGUAGGGUGGUGAAAAGUCAGCCACAGAGGACAGAGGGACAGUUGACCGGAACGGCCUGGAAUGGCUUCGCCCGAGAUUCUCUUUGUGCACGCAAGCGUCCAAGCCUCGCCCGGGGAGGCGAUGACUUGUUACGCAACGGCUUCCACUCUGUUCUCAGCAAGAAUGAUCAGGCAGCAGGUUCUUGAGCUUGACGACAGGAUCUGUUGCAACGGGCGAGGUGACACACACAGGCGUACACGGACAGGUUUCCGGGGCCGACCAUGAUAGUGGCAGACCACAGUGGCAAUAAGUUUAAUAAUAAUGAUAGUAACAAUGAUGAUGAUGAUGGAUGACAAUGGCGGGCCCUGGAGCUCUCAUGUGC